AUGGACUACAUGCAACAAAACGCAUUUGCGUUUGCCUCCCAACCUCAGUCACAGUUCAUCUACCCUCAAGUCCAGUACCAAGCCUACAUGAAUCACGCCCAGCAGCCUGUUGAUGAUUUCUAUAUGCCCUACAACGGAGCGGAGUAUGCAGAUUUCGCAGACGCCGGCAUGAUGCAGGAUGAAUUUGGAGAAACCCAGGAGAUCUCGACACGCCCAAGACUCACCAAGGAACAAGCUGAGAUCCUGGAAGCCCAUUUUCAGGCGAAUCACAAGCCCAGCUCCCAGUUAAAGAGGGAAUUGGCAAUACAGACCAACUUGAAGCUUACCCGGGUCGGAAACUGGUUUCAGAAUCGUCGAGCAAAAGCAAAGCAGCAGAAGAGACAAGAGGAAUACGAAGCCCAGCACGCAGCACUCAAGUCUGGCUCAAAAGAACCGAGGGAUCUCGUGUUGGCCGAAGUCUCCGCGCGGGAAACUGCCUCUCCUAGAUCCUCCGUUCCUUCACCUACGAAGGAGUCGAGCACGAAUUCAACCGCGGCAUCAGUUUCCACCGCACAAACAUCACCUUCGCCCAUUAAGGUUAUCGACAACCCAAAGGAGGCGAGCUGGAAGUCUUUGCAACGUGCUCUGGGUCAAGCCAAAGCAGCACAAAUUCAGCAACUGACUCAGCCGCAGCCUGCUGUCAUGUCCUCUCUAGAUAUUCCGACGCAAGCUGUAUCUAUGCAGCUUCCUAUUCGGCUAAAUCAUCCACACACCACUUCGUCGACGGGUAGCCUGGCAACUUGGCCAAAUCGUACCGCUGGAGCCGUGCCAUAUCCCUCUCCGAUCACGUUUCAGGACACAUCCUUUGAUUUUGGCUUCGACGAUGAGGUUGCGGAACAGCCCCCUACUCAAGACCCGACCACCGGUGAUCCGGUAGCGGACUAUGCGCAGGAGUCUUUUGUAGUCACACCUGAAGACUUCCGGGAGAAUCUCGCUACGCCGAAAGGCAUGCACAGCCAGCAUAGUCCCAUAACGGCACUGCCUUCCCCAGGUCUCGCUAUGCCUUCAUAUCCCGAUUCGCGGCGUCCUUCGACCACUGAGGAUCUCUCGACAAACUUCAGCCACUUUGCCCUGGCAAGCGAUGCACCCACCUUGCUGGCAGACCAGCGGAUCUCGGAGGGAAUCUGUCCUCCGCAGAGUGGUCCUCUCGAUAUUGCCGCACGACGCAAGCGACCUCGACCAGCAGCUUUGACGUCGGCCUCGCUGCGAAGCCGAUCCUACGGGGCGAUGACAUCGGCUUCCCCGACAUUCCGCCAGGGUAUCAUGAGCCCCCAAGCACCACAUAGUGUUCGGCACGUGAAGUCGGCUGGCCAAAGUCUUCACUCGCGAUAUGCAGGAAUCCGGAAAGCCAGCUCAGCUCAAAGGUCGCCCAUGUGCGCCUCAACUUUUGCCGAAGCAGACGCUUUUAAUCAAUUGAUGGCUCAACAGGCGAUUGCAACAACACCACUGGGAGAAUUGUCAGAACCCUUGUUGUCGCCGGACCACAUCUCCAACGGUUACGUGAUGGAUCCAGAAAAGAACCCAUACUUUGCUGCACCAGCCAUUGACAUGUCCAGCCAAUAUUCUAUGCGACCGCCACAAAGCCUUCCGAUGGCAACAGCAUCUCCACCAGUGACACCGAUGAUGGCUGCCUUCAUGAGCAGAGCCCAGUCGCAACAGUCCCUCAUCCCCCCUGCCUCUGCUCCCCCACAGUACGCGGCAUUUACCGAUUACACACCUCCUUAUUCAGCUGGACCACUCACCAACAGCAGCUGGUCUGAUGCCCCGUUGACGUCUCCAGAGAUGCCCUCGUUUCCGGUGACACAUAUCGCGUCCCUUGGGUUUCCUCAAUGUGAUGCCCUCAACGGGCAAUUUCAACAAUUUGUCCUGCCCUCGGACAAUAAGUCUGAAGUUGAUUUUGUAUCCCACGUCGAACAAAAGAAGACGGAAUUCUACAUUCAAGAGUUUCCCAAUCAAAAAGAGGAACAUGCCCAUGUUGCUCAACAACUUGCUCAACAAAAGCCUAAAAACUACGUGUUUGCAAACACAGCUCCUCAGGACUACACCGGCACCUAG